AGUGAUAUACCCCCCUCAACACCCGCGACAACAACCUCCUUCCUCUUCCGCGCAGACGGCUCCGCGUCCUGGAAAGUCGGCAGCGCGCACCUGCUCGCGUCGGUGUCUGGCCCGAUGGAGGUUAGUAAACGGGACGAGGAGCCUACGACUGCUGCGUUGGAGGUUGUUUUGAGACCUGAUGUCGGUCUUUCUUCGCCACGAGAACAAUACCUGCAAGAUCGGAUACGAAAGGCGUUGACGCCAGUGAUUAUCCUUGAUCUGAACCCACGAACACUGAUUCAGCUCGUCAUUCAAAUCGUCGAAUCCGGCGACCUGCAAACCCAUAACCGGAUCGCGCUCGCGGCUGCUAUCAACGCCGCCUACCUCGCCCUCCUCGACGCCGGCAUCCCCAUGCGCUCCACCCUCAAAGGCGGCGCGGUCGAGCGGCUGCUGAUGUCUGAGAACUCGGGGAUGUUCUCGACUGAGCGGUUGUUUGAGUGUUAUGAGAUUGCGGCGAAGGUUUGUGUGGAGACGAAUGGGGUUAUGCGGGAGGUUGUGGCGAAGGGGGUGGAGAGGUUGGAUACGUGGAGGAAGUAGUAGAGUACAAA